AGAGGGGGAGAGUUUAUUAUAUACACAUUAUGCUGGCUAGUGUACAAUUCAAAAGUGUCGCGAGAAUUAUGCGAUUCUCCCAUACCUGUGUAAAAUGAAAAUAAUGUGAAAUUAAGGGAUUUAAUUGAUUGAAAGAGACGGAUAGUGUAAAGAUAAAGACAAGUCGAAAAACCGUGAAUUCGAACAGCGAGAGCGGCUAAAUUAAAAUCUCACGUGGUUCUGAGAGUUCGACUGACAAUGGCAAAAGUACUUACUUUCCUGAAAACGAUACGAAAUAACUGGAAGAAGUCCGUGGUUGGAGCCGCGGCUUUCUCGUACGGAGUUUCGUACGGCAAGCAAGCAUACGAUACAGAACAAUUAAUGCACCAGUACUGCAAAGAUGUAGUCAGGUACGGAGAUGCCUCUUGCCCUACCAAUGUCAGGCCUCGUCAUGUGACCGUUAUUUUAAACCCCACUGCUAAGAAAAGGACGGCCAAGAAAUUGUUCCAGAAGUACUGCGAACCUCUGUUGCACUUGGCUGGCAUUUCGGUAACUGUCAUCGACACGCAAUCGGGAAGCCACGCACGUGAGGCAAUAAAGAAUCUGGAAACAGCUACCGAUGCUAUUAUCAUAGCUGGUGGUGACGGUACCUUAUUGGAUGUUGUAACUGGUUUAAUGAGGAAAUACGAGCACGAUCUAUAUUCGAUCAGACAAUGUCCUAUUGGUGUUUUGCCAUUGGGAAGCACAAAUACGAUUGCAAGCAUGUUUUAUCGAAAGUAUGAAGAUUUAACCGACAUACGUCACAUGAUUGAUGCAACGAUGGCGAUUAUUAAGAAUAAUCUCAGAUCGAUAGAUGCCAUUGAAAUCAAAUUGAUAAACAACGAUCCGGCAAACCCUGUAAAGCCAGUUUAUGCUGUUGGUGGCAUAGAUUGGGGAGCUUGGAGCGAUACGCACGCACGUAUUGAGAAAUAUUGGUACUGGGGUUCCUUGCGCAAGUAUGCAGCUUAUGUAUUCAGUGGUUACAAAUCACAGUUGAGCUGGAAGUGCAACGCGGAAAUGAAGUAUACAAACCCUUGCAAAGGAUGUUCACGUUGCUAUUCUAAAGAUUUGUCUUACAAUCAAUCGACGAAUUCCAAUAGAAGAUGGUGGCACGCAUUUCUGCCAAAGAGACAAACAUUCGUUUCCGAAAAUCAUGUCGAUUAUAGUAAAGUAAUCAAUGAAGAUUGUGGUGUAUUUCACAACAUGCCUAUUUCAACGACAGAGCUAUGCAUAAAAACCGAAAAUGUGUCAAAUCAGUCAGCACCUUUAUUAAAAAUAGCUUUAGGCCCGGAAAAUGUUAGUUACGCCACAUUCGUUGAGGAAGGAUGGAAACGAGAAAGGGACAAUGAAUUGCCAAUAAAUCCAAUAUUAGAUGCGAAAGAUAUUGAAUUAUAUCCUCAAACAACGAAAGAAGGUCAGAUGUUUUAUAUUGACCACGAAGAAUAUGACCUAAAACCAAUUCAAAUAAAAUUACUUCCACAGUCUGUAACGAUUUUCUGUCCAGAGUCAAAUAGCUAAUGGACAAUAUAAUACUAAUGGAGCUUAGGAACAAUUAAAAACUAUUUUGCAGCAUUCUAAUGUUUAUAUCACAACGAUCUCUACAUUACUUAAAAAUGAAUAGAAAAGAAAUGAGAAAAUAGACAUUGUUCAAAGUAUGUUGUGUAAAAAAAUUAUUUAAUGUCUUCUAUAAAAAAAAAUAAUUUAUUGCCGAGUACAAAAAAUAUUUUAACUAUAACAAUUGUUAAUUUUUAUACAAUACAUUUACGUAUUAAUGUAACGUCUAAUAUAAUACUUAUACUACAAAUGUAUGCCAGAUCAUGUUUAUCUUACAACUUGAUUAAAUUGUCUUAACUGUUAA